AUGGCGGAUGAAGUGGCUGCCUGGCGGGAGGCUAAUGGAGCCCAAGCCGACUUGGACUUUGCCUACUACUUCGACUCCUUCCAUGAGGCCAGCGCGGAAGCUGGCAGUGCCGUGGCUGGAGCUUGGCGGGCAUGCUUCACUCGCGUGUCUCAGGGCCUGCAGGGCAUGGUGAGAGACAUCGUGGCUAAGGAUCCUGCGGCGCAUCUGCUGGAUCCUAUGCCGGCACCACCAGCUCCAAAGCCUACCAGAGCAGCGCCGAAGACUUCACCCAUUGUCGCCCUAUCCCAGAAGACACAAAUCAGACUCCCUGCAAAGCGGCCGAAGCUAUCUACUGCCCCAGCCCCGUCGAGCUUGGAGCAGGAGAACGAGCAGUUCAGAGCCACUUUGCUUGACAUCCUGCAGGACGCCAGCCGUUUCCGUGUCUUGCGGGCUGAUCCAGAGCGGGAGCAGAAGGUCAAGAGCUUCGAGUCGCUGGUCUCCGGAUUGCUUGGGGCAACAGAGACACCCACUUUGAAGCGAGUGCAGCUCACGUGGGCAGAGCUCUAUCGCCAUGUGGAGCUUGGGCAGCUGGGGCAUCCGCUGCAACCAUGGGAUUUGGAGCUGUUUGUGCGGUCCAACUCGGCACCCCAGCGAGUGAUGCAGGCAUUCUUGUGGAUGCAGAGGAAUCUUCACCUUGACUGGGACUUUUCCUUGUGCCGAAUGAAGAGGAAGCGCCAAGGAAACCGGUACGGCGUCGGUGCCAAGCAGGCGCCAACAGCUGAGAUGACCAUGUUUGUGGAGCUGGAGAGGGUGCUGCAGUCAGCAGCAGAGCAUUCCAGCUCGCGCUGGCUGGCGCUGUUUGGAGCCUGGUGUCAGGUCCUGGGAGCAGUCCGGUACCAGCACUUGCAGCGGUCCAUCUUGUGGAAGGUUACCUCGCAGACCUGCUUCUUCAUCUGCACCAGAGGUAAGCAGAAGCAUUCCAGGGAUGGGUUCCACUGGAGUGUGCCAUCCCACCUGGUCACCACUGGUUACCCGUUGGGAGAGAAGCUUGCUCAGACCUGGCGCAGGUGGACCACGGAUAAUAGCAAUCACGUUGGGCUAGUGGCACACCCUAGCAACCGGGAGCAUGUGAAUGCCGCCGCAGCUACAGCCUGCAUCCAGAGCAUCAUGGUGCGGGUGCUGGGCAAUGAUGCUGGCCGUGUCACUUCCAAGAGUUGGAGGCAAUUCGGCAUCACCAUGGUGGUCCGGGCAGGGUUCUCUACCACCGAUCAAGUGGCCUUCGGCAACUGGUUGGAUCGAGCGCCUGGAGGUAACACCAGUAUCCCCAUGCGAUACUGUGGCAGCAAGUUGGAGCAGUCCACUUUUCUGCGGCAUGUGGUGUGGGCCAUGAUCAGGAAUCUCCAGCAUGAAGCCCUGACUUGGAGCCAGAUCACCAACACGCAGUUGGAGGCUGCCCGCAACCUAGCCAUGGACGAUGUGGCCACUUUCCUUGACCGGGUGGCUACCACUUUCAUGGAGUUCGAGGCACCCAAGGUGGCAGCAGUGCUGAGGGCAGCACCCUUCAAGCUGAUGACCAAGUUCGCCAAAAAGGCGAAGUUGGCCGUUGCUGAGGUGGUGCAUCCACCGGGGGAGGUAGUGGAUUUGACCGGUAACGGUCCACAACAGGUGGAGCAACCCUCCCAGGUUAGUGGUAGGUUGCCAGUAGCUAGUCAGCCUAGCGUUUCGCAUGCCACCCCGAAACCGGCGGUACGGCGACCAGCCAUGGAACACACCUUGGAUGAUGACUACUUCGAUAGGCUUGCGGCGCAGCGUUGGCGCAGGCCAGGCCAUGCUGAUCGGCCAGAGCCGCCUACAGUCAUCUGGCGACGAGGACCAGCUGGUCCCCAUUUGAUUUUGGGCGGUAUCCUGACGGCUGAGCAGGCCGAGGAGCUGGAGACCAUGAGUGUGGGCUUAGUCAUCAACUGCCUUGCACCUCGAGACACUCGGGGAGUCAUGCCAGCAGCAGCUGUCAACCAGAGGUUUCCUGUGGGCCGGCAGGAGCGGGGCAAGCAUUGGUCGACCAUUCGGCGUCAGGUUGGACAAGCCCUUGCAGCACAGGAGAGUGUUUAUGUCCAUUGUGCUGCUGGAGUUCAUCGAGCACCCAUUGGAGCUGGCGCCAUCCUGUCUUGCAUUGAGCAGGUGGAGCCCGAAGAGGCUUUGACCAGGAUAGCUCGUGUAAGAAGUGUGGAACCCGAAAAGGCGCUGAAGGACACAGCGAUGAGACGAUGGCUGUUCGAGGAGGCGGAGCUCACUCCUCUUCCUGGCUUGGUAGUCAAGCUGCCGGUGCAGUUUGUGGCCAGCCAGCGAGCCAAGUCCCUUUUCCAUGUGGUUCCCGAGGGCAUGAGUGAAGAUGAGCCAGUUCCAGCUUGUCGUUGGAGGCGAUCGGCAGCAACAGCUCGGAGUUUCGCUGGUGGAAGAGACAAAGUGCAUCUCGCUAAUUCAGUGCAUGAAGCUGCCGCAUAUGGACUUUCGUUCUGCACCCAAUGUGCAUGGAUGCUGCCGCCGUCCUACCAGCAAACGCUGGAAGACGUAGGAGCAACCUACAAGACUAAGGAUAAUAGCUGA